GUUUCACAGGGAGCAGAGGCAUUUGAGUCGGGGCACACAUGCCUCAGCUGUGAGAGGCCCUACUCCCCUUGGCUGGCUGGCAUCCCAGAGCAGAGGCAGAGAGAGAGAGAGACGGUGUGUGAGACCGAGGGUGAAGAGAAAGUUUUAGUGUAAAGUAGAGUAGAAAGAGGCAAAGAAAGGUUUUAGAAAGUUACUCAGAGAUAAAGAAGAGGAUCAGGGACCGGCUCCUGCUGGCUGUUUUUCUGUCGUGUAUUUUUAUCUGUACUGAGCAGGUGCUGUGUGUUUGGAGUUGACAGCCAUGGCGGAUACAGGUGUCAAGAUGGAGCACCAAGCAGAAGUGCCUUAUGAUGAUGACGACAAGGUCGGUCUUGUGGGUGCUGCUACUGAGCCGGCAGUCGAUGAAGACGACCCAGCUGAGGAGGUGGACCUGGUGCUGGCCACUGGCCCCAGAGGAAAGAGCGAAGCGCAGAUGAAUGGGGUCAUGGUUUUGUCUCUGCUAGACAAGAUUAUCGGAGUGGUCGACCAGAUCCAGGUGACCCAGAAUGGGCUGGAGGCCCGGCAGGAGGCCAUGGAGAAGUCUGUGUCGACCAUCCAGGGGGAACUGGCCAAGCUGUCAAAGAACCACGUCGGAACGGCCAACACGGUCAACAAGAUGCUGGAAAAAGUUCGCAAGGUCAGCGUCAAUGUGAAGACGGUACGCAGCAACCUGGAGAAGCAGGCAGGUCAGAUCAAGAAGCUGGAGAGCAACGAGAGCGAGCUGCUGAAGAGGCGUAACUUUAAAGUCCUCAUCUACCAGGACCAAGUGAAGCCACCAAAGUCCAAAUCAAAGACAGGAGAGAUGGCUGAGGGUACAGUCGUAGAGGGGCUUGAGCAGAUACCUGAAGAGGGAAAAGAGGGCGUUACAGAUAAUCUCAAUUCAGAUGAAGAGGUGGAGAUUGAAGAGAUCAUCGAGGAGUCUCGUACCAAGCGCCUCCAACGCUCCACCAAGCAGCAAGUGGACAAUAUCAAGAAAGCCUUCUCCAAAGAGAAAAUGGAGAAGACCAAACUAAAGACCAAGGAGAACUUGGAGAAGACCAAGCAGAGAACCCGCGAGAAUCUGGAGAAGACGAGACAGAGGACCCGUGACAACUUGGAGAAAACCAAACACAGCCUGGAGAAGAAGAUUGGCAAGCUUGGGACCCGCAUGACACCCAACCAAGAGCGCAGGGCGAAGCUGAAGAGCUCCAAAGACAAAGUGAAGAAGUCUCUAACUCCUGACCACACCGUCUACGCUCGCUCUAAGACGACCGUGUACCGCGUCCCUCCUUUCACGUUUCAUGUGAAGAAGAUCCGAGAAGGUGAGGAGGAGGUGCUGGAGAACACAGAGAUGGUGGAGGUGACCGAGGCAGAGGGCCAGCCGGGGGGAGAGGAGAACGGGCUCGGUGUGCAUGUGGAGGUGGAGGAAGGAGAGCUAGUGAGUGUAGACAGCCCAGAGAUGGAGGCUCUGUUGGAGGUGACUGAAGACUCUCAGCUGGUCAGCGUGGAUGCAGACCACCUAAAGAAGGCCCAAAGCGAAUAGAGUGUCCCAUGUCUGCACGGAUGUGAGGAGAAGAAGGAAGAAUGAAGAGAGUUUGAUAAAAGGGUCUAAACACAAGGACACAAUAUUAGUCGUAGAGACUUCUUCGAUGUGUUCUCAAGUAAUGAUAACAUUUGUUUUCUGUUCUCUUUUUAUUGUACCAAACAGGGAGGAUUUUCAUAUUUGCUUAGCUUUAGCACAAAAAUAAGAAAACACAACAAAAACACAGCACUUACUUUAACAUUGAGGCAUGCUUCAGGCUGACUGGUUAUACUAGCUUUGACUAUUAAGAGUGUUUGUGGUCUGUUAGUUUGAUUAAUUGAGUGAAACAAAGAAAAAGGUAUAAAUAGUUUCUAUUGUUGAGCUGUUAUGUAUAAUGUAAUAUUUUCUAUGAAUGAUAUGCACAUUGUCACGUGUAAACAGGAAGUUGUUGGGUGCAUUUAUAGAGGGUUUAAGGGAUGUUUUCUGCACAGUUAGAGUAAAAUUAUGAACAAAUGGGCAACAUUUAGAGAAGUAGAUAUGGAAAUUAAGAUUAGAUGAUGCAGAAGGGCAGGAUAUGAGUUGGACUGGAGUUGAAAUAGAUUUUGAAUGAAGAAAACAGUAUUAUUACAUACUAAAAGCUUUAGAGAUUUUAUACUGCCACUCACUCAGACAUGUGUCCAUAAUCUAGUGACUGAGCGCAUCAGCUACGAUGCUGAUGAUCUGAAAGUAGACGCAGGAAAAAUAUACAGGGACAAUUAUGAAUCACAACACCUGUAGGUGACUAUUUAUUUUAAGACCUAAUGUUUCUGUUUGAUAGUAAUGAAAGUAUAUGUUUAUUUUUCUUUAUUUAUAGAGCAUCUUUUAAGUAAUCAAUGCGUCUGAAAAUGAAAUAAAAUUCAAACAGAAGCAUCAUGAGGUUGUCACAAUACCAGAAUUUUAAACUUUUCUAGUAGAGCCAAAAAAUAUUGGUUUGGAUACAACAGCAACAAAACAGUAAUUUUAAUUUUCAAAAAUGUUUGACACCCACUGUCUUAGAUGCACAAAAACGUUGGCAAUGUUCUCUGACAAAAGGCUCAAACAAAAGGCUGUAUUUUUUUUGUUACAACUGAUCAUCAAAAUAACAGAGACCAUUAGAUGUGGACUUUCUAAUGAUAUCAAAUAAAACAUGGUGUAAUUAACUCAUUAUUGUUGUAAUACUUCAUUUCUUCUGAAAGAUGUGGACAUUUAAACAGUUAGAACAGUUUCCUAUCACUUGCUCACCUUAAGUAGCCCAUCCCACUUGACCCACUUCUGUUCUGAUGCAAUUGUCUUCCGCUGAAGCUCUUUUUCUUCUGGUUAUUGGGAAAUCCUCUCACAGAAUAAAAAAUAACUGACACAAUGAAUGAAAACCUGAUUUGCAUUAAAUACUACUUACCGCUAUUUUCCUUAAAUUUUGCACAAAGUCACAUCUUAAUACUGACUAUUGCCAUGGCAGCCAAUAACAAUGAGAAGCAUGAGCGCCGUGUUGUCAUACAACAUAAGGUGAAUGUGAGGAUGACAUCAAACUGCGCUGUGCUGGGUGCCAUAUUUAAAGGAAUACUUUGUUUUGCUUAAUUUGAGUUACCUGACACCUUUCAUCUAUACUGAAAGAAAAAUGUUUUAAAAACUGAAUGGCUAAUAAAGGAUUUAAAAGUAAAGAAAGAAAUGAAAAGAAAGCUAAAAAAAAUCUAUCAGGAAAACUGAGUUUCAGCCUGAAACAGAUGGAUAAAGAGAAAUGUGCAUGAAAAAUGAAACAGAUUCAUACAAGUUGGCAGCUCAGGACAGGACUGCAACUCUGAUUAACCCAGAGAUGGUAAACGCACAUGACUAUUGUACACUGGUAAAAGUAAAGUAAAAGUUAAAAUUGCCUUAAGUUAAAAUAAAAGUACUGGUCUAUAAAUCAACUCAAGUAAAAGUAAAAAGUACUGAGCGGCUAUUGAGGAGUUGUAUAGUGAAAUAUAGUUCAUCAUAAGAAGUAAACAGUACCUUUCCUUAUUGGCAAAAAUAAGAAAAUAGCUCUACAAACAGGUUGUUCAGGUAAAGCCACACCUCUAUAAUAAAGUAAAAUACAAAGCAAAUUGACACUGUUAAUUAAACUCGUAUAGAGUUCAAAUUAACAGUUUAAAAGUAUCUAUUUUGAUCCAUAUUAUAGUUAAAUUACACUUUUGAAAGUAUUAAGAACUUUACAGUUUGUCAGAACUGCUGUAACUCUUGAAAAUCUGUGGCAAGGUUGGUCAUCUGUGGAAAGAGCAAAGCUGAGAAUUGGCCACACAGCAAGGCAAUACAUACUGAUGAAGAAUUUUCACUAAACAUCCUUUGGUCAAAAGUCACAGGCCAGAACUCAAACUCUGUUGAUAACUUCACUCAUGGUGCAAACGUGUCUAACAUCUUAAAUACAACAAUCCACUAGAAACAUGAGCAAAAGAACUCCAGCAAGGUCACCGUACAACAGAGAACAUCCCAACACAACUAAAUACAUACAAAACAAAUCUAAACACUGCCCAAGGGCAUGAUGGGGAACUCCACCAGAUCAAUUAAUUCCACUAAAUUGGUCUAACACUGAUGGAUCGAUACUGAAGACCAUUUCACUCAGAAUAGAGACAAAAUUACACUUUCACACUUAAAAUCAACUCAGAAAUGUUUAGCCCUGAGUUAUCAAGACUUUUGCUCUGGACAGCAGCUGUUUCAGAUGUAGUGUAAAAUAGUGCAGCUACUCUAGUUAAAACUUAAGUAGAAGUAAAAGUACUGAUUUCAAAAUGUUCUCAGAAAGCACAAGUACACAAAAACUACUUGAUUACAGUAGUUAUAGUAAAUAUAAUAAGUUACUUUCCACCCCUGUGUGAACCACCAGUCACAUAUUCUAACUUUUUUCUGUUUGGACUGAGUGCUUACACUUUGUGUGAGUUUACAUGCUAUACAUUUUUUUGUGCUCAUGAGCAGUUUUGCAGAGAAUGAGUGCAAGACCUGUAAGUAGCACAGCUGUACUCAGCAAACUCUUUGUGGCUUAAACCAGACAAAAUACAAAGCUUUCAAAAGAUCAUCCUGGCAGAAAAUGGGAAUGUUUAAUAUUUGGGUUAUGUCGCCUACAGCCCCUUUAAAAAAAAAAAAAAAAAAAAAAAAAGACUAAUAUUUUCUUGAUCUUCAUCAGGGAAAAUCAAGUGCUGCAGCAUCACUCAUAGCCUAGAAAUCAUUUUCUGAGAAAAAUGUGUUCCAUUAUCAGUUUUACCCAGCUUGAUUUUGCGAUCUCCUUUGGAUCUCUGCAAUACUGUAGUCCUGCUGUACUAAGUCAGUUUUGCCUUUUUCAGUCAAACAAAAUGGGCAGGGUUUUCUAUGAUGGUGUUAGUAGUCCAACAUUCAAUGAGGCAUGAUGCAACUUCACAUUCUCUAUAUUAAUGGUGAUGCACACAUAGGGUCUACAUGUGCAGUGUUUAACAAAUUUAUCAGACCACCUGUCAUGUUUGUCUCAAAGACCAUCCAGCAUCAUGAAGUGCUUUAAUGUGGACUCUUUCAUUUUCAGUCAGCUCUCCACGUUUUACCAUUUUGA